UAAUGCUCUAUUUUUAUCGACAGACGGAGAGGCUCUGCGCUUGGAAAAGCUCAUGGAGAGCGCCUGGAACAGUUGCCAUUGCUGCCUUGUCAAGCCUGAAAUAGAUUGUGUGUGCAUCACCCGACUGCUCAUAAGUUGGCCAAACAUUUUUUUUGAAACAAUGAUUGACACAUACAUGACGGGCAAACAAAGCUGUGAGCAGGAUGGAAAAAAAUCUCAUCUCUGAGGUGAAGACGGAAAGAAUGCGCUGGAAAACAAAGCUCUCCGGGAGACGGACGGGGACUUAGCCGUGUGGUGCUUUUAGCGCUAUCUGCAGCACGUGACGUCUGCACCAUGGCAUCUCAAACAUUCCCGUUUAAUUCAUGGCUUUGUCGUUAGGAGGUGUUUGCCAUCACAAGCUUGAGCAUGUUGACAUGCUGGGAAUGUUUAAUGCGGAGUCAUUGUGGGCUGUGCAAAGCAGAUGGAAAUGUAUUCAUUUGGUGACUGACAGGAUGGUUAGAAAAUGGCUUGUCGUUUUGGAGUCUUUUUCAUUACAACAGUCAAGUCAGCAUUAAAAAAAAAAAGGCAAUUUUCUCUUUCUCUCCCUCACUCUUUUUUUCUGUUUUCUGUUUUUCUUUUAUUCUUUCUUUCCCUCUUGUUCUCUUCUCUCUUUCCCACUCUCCGUAUCUUGUCUUUUUUGCUGGCUUUUUCCCUCUUCCAUACAACAUACCGUAAUUUUCGGACUAUAAGUCGCGUUUUUUUUUUUUUUCAUAGUGUGGGUGGGGGGGCGACUUAUACUCAGGAGCGACUUAUAUACAUAUAUAUGGGGUUUUUUUUCACUUUUUUGGGCAUUUUAUGGCUGGUGCAACUUAUACUCCGGUGCGACUUAUAGUCCGAAAAUUACGGUAAUAAUAUUAUCUUUUUUUUGGGGGGUCCAUCUUUCGUAGUUAAUGUCAUUACACCUAAAGUUGUGUCCAAUGAUGGUCCACUUGUCAAUACAGAUAAGCAAAUCAGCAGGAAGGGCAAGAUAUGAAAAGGCAACGCCGGAAAUAACUCCAAUCAUCUGAUGGAAAGCAAGCUCAAAUGGAUCUAUCACAGCUGCUAAAGUGGCUCGACGGGAUGCGUUCAUUGAAAAAAAUGAAAAAAACGAUCUCAAAUCUCUAAAAUAGCACAAGCGCUAAUUGGAAGUGUGAAGGGGAGGUGGAAAUGUGCAAAAUCAAACCCUAACUACAUUCUUUCCUCAAGUAAAUGAUUGUCUGGUCAGGUCAUAUGAAUGGCCGCUAGCAAUCUUUGCAGCUCUCUCAAGUGCGACGGCCUCAAUGGUCUUAAUGUCCGCAGUCGUACCUGCACGGCGUCUUUCAGGCAGCAUGAGAUUCCCGGAUGAGACUGGUCAGAGUGCAAGCCGCAUGCAGGAGAGAAGAAAUGAAAAGGAGAGUAGAACGCUGCUCCGCGUUCAUCCAGGGAAACCACACCGACGCUUCCGUGGGUUUCUCAAAGGUUGUCUUAUGAAGCUAACAUGUUGUCUGGAAAGAAUGUGUGCGAUGGAAUGGUACAUCUAUGCUGCUCUUGGGAUUCUAAGCGCCGUUCUCAGCUUUCUUAUGGACCUGAGUGUCAGCAAGCUCCUCACAGCUCACCAGUGGCUUUACAGCCAGCUGGAGGGCAACAAUCUGCUGCAGUUCUUUUGCUGGACUCUCUACCCAGCAUGCCUAUGUGCCAUCUCAGCUUCACUCUGCCACAACAUCUGCCCCUUCUCCACAGGUUCUGGAAUACCAGAAGUGAGGACCAUGCUGACCGGCAUCCAACUACCACAUUACUUAUCGCUCACCAACAUGAUGGCCAAGUUCCUGGGGCUCAUUUGUACACUGUCAGCAGGGAGCACAAUCUUCCUAGGAAAAGUGGGUCCAUUUGUGCAUCUUUGCACCAUGAUGGCGAGCUACCUGAGCAAGCUUUGCUCGCUGCUGCAAAGCACAAAGAAGGAGAAAGCAGACGGAGACAUGCUAGUUGUCGCCGCCGCAGUCGGUGUCGCUAGCUGCUUUGGAGCACCUCUAAGUGGUGUGCUCUUCAGCAUGGAGGUGAUGUCCUCUCACUUUGCCAUGCGCAAUUACUUCCCGUCUUUCUUCUCAGUGCUUUGCGGUGCUUUAACCUUCCGCUUGUUAUCAGUGUUGAGUGGAGAUGAAGAGACUCUUCAGGUGUUGUUUCAAACCAAUUUCCCGACGGCUUUCCCCUUCCUCCCGUCGGAGAUUCUGCUUUUUGCUCUGCUGGGGCUGCUGUGCGGAGCUGUGAGCUGCUUGUACCUUUCCUUGCAUCGCCUCAUGCUCCAGCUCAUUAGCACAAACGCCGGCCUCAUCAAUAUUCUGAAAACAGAGAAAGCAGUGUACUCUGCUGUCGUCGCCUUCUUUUUGGCAUCUCUCACCUUCCCGCUCUUCGUGGGUCAACACAUGGCUUCCAAGUCCAGCAUGAAGCAGCUCCUUAGCUCCCUGCUUGAAGAGGCAGCAUGGACGUCUCAAUCUCACAACGCCUCGUGGCAGCUGGAGACGCAUUGGGGCUGCUCUGAGCAGCCUGUCUUCCUCUCCCUGACCGUCUUUCUGCUCAUGAAGCUGUGGAUGUUAGCGCUUGCCUGCACUCUCCCUCUCCCGGCCGGGUACUUCAUGCCAGUCUUCAUUUAUGGGGCGGCUCUGGGCCGUUUGUUUGCAGAAGGAAUCAUUUACAUUUCCUCACAUACGCAGAAAUUGUCUUCUAUCAAUCCUGGGGGAUACGCACUUGUUGGUGCAGCAGCCUUCUCCGGGGCUGUGACGCACACCUUAUCACCGGCUCUCUUGGCCUUGGAAUUAACUGGUCAACUCAGCCAUGUUGUUCCCUCCCUCCUCGCCACUGUGCUGGCCAACGGCGUGGCUCGUGCGGGCGGCCGGCCAUCUUUCUAUGACGCUGUUUCCAUCAGCAAGAAGCUGCCACACCUGCCCUCGCUCGUCAUGGCGCAUCCCGGGCUUCUCUCCACUCAGGUGGGACACCUUUUGGGAGCAUCAAAACCAGUGCAGCUGCAGAAAGCGGCCGGCCCGGAGGAGGUCCGCCAGGUUGUCAACAGCAGCAGCGAGACUCAAAUCCCUGUGGUGGACUCUCAUGAGACACCAACGUUGCUGGGCUUUGUCAUGCGGUCGCAGCUGCUGAUGUUCCUGCGUCGAUGCGAGAAUUCUCAGAGAGUUGAUGGACAUUUAGAGAAGGUGUGCAUCAUUCGACCUUCUUCUGCUGUGUUGUGUCCCCAAAGCACCAUUCAGGAGGUUUUCAGCAUCCUGAGCCUUGCUGGGGAUCAGACUGUGUUUGUCACCGACAGAGGAAGGUUGCUCGGGCGGGUCACAUGGUCAGAGAUGAAAAGGAUUUUAGAAGAUUUGGCCAAAGAAAUCUAAGGCGCCCACAGGAGAUACAGCCACGUUUGACCUUUUCAUUCAUUUGCAUCUAAUGAGAAUCAUUUGAAUAAAGAGCCUGAGCACUAAUUGGUUGACUUUAAAUUACCGUUUUUUUCCGUGUAUAAUGCGCAAAAUUUAACUAAUUUAUUGUCCUAAAAUCUGGGGUGCGCAUUAUACAUGGGUGCAUUUUUUUUUUUUUUUUUUUUUAAAGAAAAUCAUGGUACAACAAAACCAACAACAGGACUGACCGACAAAGACGUGGAAUAAAAAGACAGGAACAGAAACCAAACAGACAUCAUGACAGUAACACAUGCAAUGAUCCGACGGUGAGCGAGGGGCAGACAUACCAAAGACUAUAAAAAUGGGACCCAUUGCCUCCCUGCGUGUGUGACGAUCAUUGGGACUUAAAAAUAAAUAAAUAAAUAAAUUAAUUAAAAAAAAAAAAUUAAAAAACUUGGGUGCAUAUUAUACAUGGGUACAGGCUUUUUUCCAGCAUCAACAUGCCAUUUUUAGGGUGCGUAUUAUACAUGGGGGCGCAUUAUAAACGGAAAAAAACGGUAGUUUGCGGACGAGCUGUUUAAAUUCUUGCACUGUGCCCGACUAUCUCCAUUGUCAAUAUAUUUGACAUUUUCACCGUUCCUCAAAGGUCAUUGGCCGUAGCAGCUCUCGUUGCGAAGCAACAAAUGGAUCAUAAACAAGAAAGGGGCAGCAAAUCAUACAGUUGCUUUUAUACCAAGAUAUUUACACAAUACUGCACUUUCCAUUGGCUGUAAUUUCAACAGACAAUAAAAUAGUUCUAAUGUACAAUGAAUAGAAAAGUCCAGUGUCGCAAAGCAACUAUACAUUCACAAAUGUUGAACAGGACGGAAAUUCGUUCUUUUCAGUGACUGCUGGUGUUCAACUUUUGUUCCGAUACAGUACUGGGGUGCCUUGAGAUACAAAUUCAAUUUGUUCCCUUUUCACUAAAUUCUAUGGCAUUCUGAUGAAGGGGGCGGCCAUUUUGCCAUUUGCUAGCAACCAAUCAGUCAUUCUCUUCU